AUGUCAGAAGAUUAUGUGGUCGCCACUCAGCAGACCAUCGGCACGCUGAUCACCAAGCCAAAGAUGGCAGACAAGUACUUGAAGAAGCCACCGUUCAGGUUUCUGCAUGACCUUGUCAUGGAGGUCACGCGGACCACCGGCUUUGCACAAGGGUUGUAUAAUACGGAGGAAAGCGAUGCAGAACAGCUCAAAGAAAAGGGCGCCAAGCUUGAUUUCCUCAAUAAGGCCAUCAGUGCGACAUGCUUUGCCCUCGGCGAGACAGUCGACGUCUCCGCCAGCAAGAUCGUGGCUGGGCUUGAGCCAGAAAAGACCAAUGCCUGGCUGGUAAAGCUCCACCAAGCUGCCACCACCUGCGUUGGUGAGAAGUCCGACUCAGCCGUACAGCGUGUGCUGGGCGGUGAGCUGGUGGGCGCCGCCAAGGAAAAGAAGAAGAAGCCGAAAGAGGAAGGUGCGCCUCCCCCUCCGCCUGCAGAGGCUGCCGCAGCCGAGGAGGCUCCUCCUGCACCCUCAGCAGAUGAUGAGGCCAAGAAGGAAGAGGAGCGCAAGAGGCGUGCUGAGAAGAAGAAAAGAGAAGAGGAGAGGAAGCGCAAGGAGGCUGAGGCCGCGGCCGCGGCUGCGGAGCCGCCGCCACCAGAGCCACCAGCUCCUCCGCAAGAUGAUGCCGAAGAGGAGAGGAAGAAGGAGGAGAAGCGACGAAAGGAGGAAGAGCGCAGGCGGCGCAAGGAGGAAGAAAAACGGCGACUGCAGGAGGAAGAGCAGCGCCGUCAAGACGAAGCCGCUGCAGAAGCUGCGCGGGAGGACGAGCGUCGGGCUGCCGAAGAGGCCCAGGCGGCCAUGGCGCCAGCAGCUAUGGCGGAGGAUGGCUUUCAAGAGGCUCCACCUCCCCCUGGUGCCCUCUCAGAGGGUCCUGCUUCGGGGCCUGAUGAGAUAGCUCAGCGAGCUCAGGAGAUGCUUGCUCAACAAAGGGCCGCAGACAAUGGCCGCCCGCGCACAGCCGGCAGAAAGCCUCCAAAGGUUACGUCCAAGGUCACCACCACUGAGCAGUCAACGGCUCCUACGAACGUGCCAGCACCUGUAGUGAUUGCUGAGGGUGCCGGCGGAGAGGAUGAAGAAGACAUGUUCGAAGCUGGUGGUCCUCCACCUGGUGCUCCACCUCCCCCACCGCCUCCGGCGGAUGAUGGAGGCCAACAUGGCGCCCUCGUUAGUGAUCUCCUGGCCGAGAAGCGCAAAGAGGAGGAGCGAGAGAGACUUAAGAAGGAGGAAGAGGAAACUCGAGAGGAGUUUGAUGAUGGCUCCAAAGGCAUCAAGAUGAAACUCCGCCGGAAAAAGGACACCGGCAGCGCCAUUGUGGAAGUGGAUCCAAUCAAACUAGGGGAGGCCAUACAAAGCCUGUGCCAGGCAGCCAACCCCCUUGGCAAAUCCAUCGAUCUGGUACACCAGGACAUUGCCAACAUGGGCAAGGAGCUGGACCAUUGGAAGCAGGAAUACCGUGAGUCGAGUGAAGCCUAUGGCCAACAGCUGAAGAUGACAGAGGACUUGUUGCAGCCGCUUUACCAGAAGAUCGCAGAACUAGAUGACAAGAUUGCAGAGCAGAAGGCAAAAAUACGCAACAGCAGAUCCCGCAUCUCCAAGAAUGACUUGAAGAUACAGCAGCUUUUGGAGUCUGUGGUCAUGGUGAGGUAA